AUGUCUACUCUUCGGCAUACUGCCAACUCUUUGAGGCCUCUUGUGAGCCACAAGAGGUCCUUCUCUUCUUUUGAUGUGACGGCUCUGGACAAAUGGAUAGGGUCAAAAGACUCCAUAAAAUUGCAGCUACAGGACACAUUCAGGACGGAGCACCUCUCAGACCUUUUCAUCACACUGCCCACCCGCGACGGGACCAGGAAGCCAUCCACUCUGCCAAGGAGUGGGGAUUUGCUUCUCCCUGGCCAUCACCUAGCAUUCUUCCAUCCGCGCAAUCCCGAAGCAGCCUUGCGGCCAGACGGGACAGAUGCUGACUUCUGUCCUCCCGAACCGUUCACGCGUAGAAUGUGGGCUGGUGGUUCUAUGCGCUGGAAUAAAUCAAACCCUCUACUCGUAGGGGAGAAAGCCUCUUCCAUAUCCACAACCGAAGCUAUCGACAAGAAAGGGUUCGACCAGGGCACUCCUAUGGUGUUUGUGAAGCAGAAGAUUGAGGUAACCAUGGCUGACCAGACCACCCCUUCGUUGACCGAGGAACGGUCCCACGUUUAUCUAGCCUCAGCUGGUAGUAAGCGGGCCAAUAGGGGAGUUUCUGGGCUACCUAAACCUAACUUUUCUUUUGGUUUCACGCCGACGUUGACUACGCUAUUCCGGUUCUCUGCGUUGACAUUUAAUGGGCACCAUAUUCACCUUGACAAGGACUACGCGCAAAAGUACGAAGGUUACCCAGAACGUCUGGUGCAUGGCCCUCUCACCGCUCUCAUGUUACUAGAGGUAGCGAACUUCCACAAUCCUGCGCGGGAGCCGGAGUUUUUCGAGUAUCGUGCAAGGAAUCCCGUCAUUGUCGACCGGCCCAUGACCUUCUAUGGCGCAUGGACAUCACAGUCCAGACUCGACCUAUGGUGCGCGGACGAUGAUGGGACUGUAGGCAUGACUGGGUACAUCACGUACGGAUAACGAUUGUCAGUUAAGUAGCUGCUUACAAGGUAAUCGUCACGCUUCCUCGCUCUGACAUAUCUCGCCCUGCUCGAGGUAGAAAAUGUAGUGUCAUAGCUAGGUAGGCAGACAUUCUGGCAAUGCAAAUAGCCGAGUUUUCGC